CUCCACUCAAUUGUAUUAGUCAAUUGUAUUUCUUUAUAAUUUCAGAAUUGGAAUAGUUAACUAGUGAUAUCUGAAUCAUUUAGUAGUACUUUCAACUAAUUUAUUCACUAGUAAAUCUUUUUUUUUUCCUUAACUAACUAAUACAAUACUUAAUCAAUUAAUAGGGGAAAGGUAAUGUCUAGUGAUAUACCUAUUGAGUUUACUGAAUUAACUCAGUUAACCCAAUUGGGGAUUUCGGCCAAUUCAUUGGAUUUCAAAUCAACUACUUUAGAAUCAGAUCAUUAUGUUUGUAUUAGAGAAAAUGGUUCAAAUGGUAAUACUGUAGCUAUUAUUGAUUUAAAGAAUAAUAAUGAAAUUACGAGAAAGACUAUGUCUGCUGAUAAUGCAAUUAUGCAUCCAAAUCAAUUUGUUAUUUCUUUAAGAGCUAAUGGUACUACUUUACAAAUCUUUAAUUUAGGUUCUAAACAAAGAUUAAAAGCUUUUACUCUUGAUGAACCAGUAGUAUUUUGGAAAUGGAUUAAUGAUACUCAUUUAGGUUUAGUUACUGGUAGUGCAAUUUAUUAUUGGAAUGUAUUUGAUGGUACUGGUGAUGGACCAAUUAGAUUAUCUGAAAGACAUCAUAGUUUAAAUAAUUCUCAAAUUAUUAAUUUUGUUGCUGAACCUGAUUUAAAUUGGUUUGCAAUUAAUGGAAUUGCUCAAGAAGAUGGUCGUAUAGCGGGUCAUAUUCAAUUAUAUUCUAAAUCAAGAAAUGUUUCUCAAGCUAUUGAAGGUCAUGUAUCUAAAUUUGCUUCAAUUCGUUUAAAUGGUUCAUCUGCUCCAACCAAAGUCUUUUGUGUAGGUAAUAAGAAUGCUCAAGGACAGGGGAAUUUACAUAUUAUUGAAAUUGAUCAUAUUGAAGGUAAUCCUCAAUUUCAAAAGAAAACGGUGGAUAUUUUCUUUCCUCAUGAUGCUGCUAAUGAUUUUCCAAUUAGUUUACAAGCUUCCGAUGAAUAUGGAAUUAUUUAUGUUUUAACUAAAUAUGGAUUUAUUCAUCUUUAUGAUAUUGAAACAGGAGCUAAUUUAUUUGUUAAUAGAAUUACGGCUGAAAAUGUAUUCACUGCUUCAUCAUUUAAUGAAGGUAGAGGAUUAAUUACUAUUAAUAAAUCAGGUCAAGUAUUAAGUGUUGAAGUUUCAAGAGAUAAAAUUAUUCCUUAUGUAUUAGAAAAAUUAGCUAAUGUUCCAUUAGCACUUGCGUUAUCAUCUCGAGGAGGAUUUCCUGGAGCUGAGAAUUUAUUUCAACAACAAUUUCAAAACUUUUUAAAUCAAGGAGAUUAUUCAAAUGCUGCUAAAGUGGCAGCAUCUUCAGAACAAUUAAGAACUCCUGAUACAAUUAAUAAAUUAAAACAUAUAACUCCUCAACCAGGACAAAUAUCUCCAAUUUUAGAAUAUUUUUCAAUCUUAUUAGAUAGAGGAACUCUUAACAAAUUUGAAUCAAUUGAAUUAGCUAAACCAGUAUUACAACAAGAUCGUAAACCAUUAUUUGAAAAAUGGUUAAAGGAAGAUAAAUUAACUAGUUCAGAAGAAUUAGGUGAUAUUGUAAAAUCUUAUAAUGAUACUACCUUAGCUUUAGCCGUUUAUAUUCGUGCUAAUGUUAAUAUUAAAGUUGUAUCUAGUUUAGCUGAAUUAGGACAAUUUGAUAAGAUUAUUCCUUAUUGUGAAAAAGUUGGUUAUAAUCCUGAUUUUACUAAUUUAAUUCAAAAUCUUGUUCGAGUUAAUCCUGAUAAAGCCAGUGAAUUUGCUACUUCAUUAUUGGCUAGACAAGAUAAUAAUUUAAAUAUUGAAAAUGUUGCCGAUUUAUUCUUUUCUCAGAAUUAUAUUCAACAGGGGACUGCCUUCCUUUUAGAUGCCUUAAAGAAUGAUUCACCAGCUGAGGGUCAUUUACAAACUAAAGUAUUAGAAAUUAAUCUUUUACAUGCCCCUCAAGUGGCUGAUGCCAUCUUGGGUAAUCGUAUGUUUAGUCAUUAUGAUAAACCAACCAUUGGGAAACUUUGUGAGAAAUCCGGAUUAUUUCAACGAGCUCUUGAACAUUAUGAUGAUUUAAAGGAUAUUAAACGAGUCAUUGUUCAUACCAAUGUAUUACCUAAUGAUUGGUUAGUUGCUUAUUUUGGUCAAUUAAAUGUGCAACAAUCAGUUGCUUGUAUUAAAGAAUUAUUAGCCAAUAAUAUGGCCCAGAAUUUACAAGUUAUUAUUCAAGUAGCUACUAAAUAUUCCGAUUUAAUUGGACCCUUAACCUUAAUUAAAAUCUUUGAAGAUUAUAAAUGUACUGAAGGUGAAUAUUAUUAUUUAUCAUCGAUUGUUAAUUUAACUCAAGAUGCCGAUGUGGUAUUUAAAUACAUUCAAGCCGCCGCUAAGAUGAAUCAAACUAAAGAAAUUGAACGAGUGGUUAGAGAUAAUAAUGUUUAUAAUGGAGAAAAAGUUAAGAAUUUCUUAAAGGAAUUCAAAUUAGAUGAUCAAUUACCAUUAAUUAUUGUAUGUGAUCGAUUUAAUUUUGUUCAUGAUUUAAUCUUAUACUUGUAUAAGAAUCAAUAUUUUAAAUUUAUUGAAGUUUAUGUUCAAUCAGUUAAUCCUGGUAAUACCCCUCAUGUAAUUGCUGGAUUAUUAGAUGUAGAUUGUGAUGAAAAUAUCAUUAAGAAUUUAUUACUUUCAGUUCUUGGAAGAGUUCCAAUUAAGGAAUUAGUAGCCGAAGUUGAAAAGAGAAAUAGAUUAAAGAUUUUAUUACCAUUUUUAGAAAAAACUUUAGAAGGAGGAUCGAAUGAUCAAGAAGUUUAUAAUACAUUAGCUAAAAUUUAUAUUGAUUCCAAUAAUUCUCCGGAGAAAUUCUUACAAGAAAAUGAUAUUUAUGAUACAUUAGUAGUGGGUAAAUAUUGUGAAAAGAGAGAUCCUUAUUUAGCAUAUAUUGCUUAUUCUAAAGGAGGUAAUGAUGAUGAAUUAAUUCAAAUUACAAAUGAAAAUAAAAUGUAUAAAUAUCAAGCUCGAUACUUGUUACAAAAAUCCGAUUUUAAUUUAUGGAAUAAAGUAUUGGCUAAUGAUGAUAUUCAUAGAAGACAAUUAAUUGAUCAAGUGAUUUCUACUGGUAUACCUGAAUUGAAUGAUCCAGAACCAAUUUCUGUUACAGUUAAGGCAUUUAUGGAGAAUGAUUUACCUCAAGAAUUGAUUGAAUUAUUAGAAAAAAUCAUUUUAGAACCUUCUCCAUUUAAUGAUAAUACAUCAUUACAAGGAUUAUUAAUUUUAACUGCCAUUAAGGCUGAUCCAAGUCGAGUAAGUCGAUAUGUUGAGAAUUUAGAUAAGUAUGAUCCCGAAGAAAUUGCUCCAUUAUGUAUUGAUAAUCAAUUAUAUGAAGAAGCCUUUGAAGUAUAUGAUAAAUUUGAAUUAAGAACUGAUGCAAUGAAAGUAUUGGUAGAAGAUAUUAUGUCUUUAGAUAGAGGAGAACAAUAUGCUGAAAAACAUGAUACUUCUGAUCUUUGGUAUCAAUUAGGUACGGCCCAAUUGAAUGGAUUAAGAAUUCCAGAAGCCAUUGAUUCAUAUGUAAAAUCAAGAAAUCCAACUAAUUAUGAACAAGUGAUUGAAAUUGCUGAACAUGCCGGUAAAGAAGAAGAAUUAAUUAGCUUUUUAGAUAUGGCUCGUGAAUCAUUACGAGAACCAUUAAUUGAUGGAGCCUUAAUUAAUGCUUAUGCUUCAUUAGAUAAAUUAAAUGAAAUUGAAAAGUUUGUGGGAGGUCCAAAUGUAGCUGAUUUAGAAACUAUUGGAGAUAAAUUAUUUGAAGCUAAGAAUUAUAAGGGAGCCAAAAUAUUAUAUUCUAAUGUAUCUAAAUAUUCUAAAUUAGCUACUACAUUAGUUUAUUUAGAAGAUUAUCAAGGAGCCGUUGAUUGUGCUCGUAAAGCUUCCAAUAUUAAUGUAUGGAAACAAGUUAAUAAUGCAUGUAUUGAAAAUAAAGAAUUCCGUUUAGCACAAAUUUGUGGAUUGAAUUUAAUUGUGGAUGCAGAAGAAUUACCAGAAUUGGUAUUAACUUAUGAAUAUAAUGGAUAUUUCCAAGAAUUAAUUGCACUUUUUGAAAGUGGUUUAGGAUUAGAAAGAGCUCAUAUGGGAAUGUUUACAGAAUUGGCUAUAUUAUAUGCUAAAUAUUCUCCAGAAAAAGUUAUGGAACAUUUGAAAUUAUUUUGGUCAAGACUUAAUAUUCCUAAAGUCUUGAGUGCCUGUGAAGAAGCGCAUUUAUAUCCGGAAUUAAUCUUUCUUUAUUGUCAUUAUGAAGAAUGGGAUAAUGCUGCAUUAACUAUGAUUGAAAAAUCAGAAGUGGCCUUUGAUCAUACUUCAUUUAAAGAAAUUAUUGUUAAAGCUACUAAUUUAGAAAUUUAUUAUAAAGCCAUUCAAUUUUAUAUUAAUGAAAAUCCUUCAUUAUUAGUGGAUUUAUUAUCAGUAUUAACUCCAAGAUUAGAUUUACCUCGAGUUGUAAGAAUCUUUGUUAAAUCUGAUAAUUUACCAUUAAUUAAACCAUUUUUAAUUUCCGUAUUAGAAAAGAAUAAUUCAGUAGUUAAUGGAGCUUAUCAUGAUUUAUUAAUUGAAGAAGAAGAUUAUAAAUCACUUAAAUCUUCAAUUGAAAAUGAAAGUAAUAAUCGAUUUAAUAAAUUAGAUUUAGCUGAACGAUUAGAAAAUCAUGACCUAAUCUUUUUCAGACAAAUAUCUGCUACUUUAUAUACUAAAGAAAAGAAGUAUAAUAAAGCUAUUUCAAUCUUAAAGAAUGAUAAAUUAUGGAGUGAUUUAAUUAGAACAGUGGCUAUUUCCAAAUCUAAUAAGAUUGCUCAUGAAAUUUUAGAUUAUUUUGUUGAAACAGGUAAUCAUGAAUGUUUUGUAGCUUUAUUAUAUACUUGUUAUGAAUACAUUCAAUAUGAUUAUGUAUUGGAAGUAUCUUGGUUACAUAAUUUAGGUAAUUUUAUUAAACCUUAUGAGAUAUCUAUUGCUUCUGAAAAUCAAAAGAGAAUCAAUGAAGUUUAUACUGAUUUAAAGAAGAGACAAGAGGCAGAAAAGGAUGAAGAAGAUAAACCACUUGGACAACCAUUAAUGAUUACCAAUGGUCCUAUAGCUGUUAAUGGACUUGGAUAUCAACCUACUGGCACUGGAUUUGGUAACUCAUUCUAGUUAGAGGAGAAUCUACACUUUAUAUUAUACUUUUACUAUUACUAUUUGUUUAUGCUUUGUUAUAUUUUUGUUAUAUUUUGUUUAUGUUAUAUUUUGUUAUAUUUUGUUAUAUUUUGUUUAUUUGUUUUAUAAAAGAUACUGUUCUAUAUCACCUGA